AAAUCAACUUGGAAGUUUAGCCUUAACCUCACCCAUCACGUAGAAGAUCGAAUAUUUGAUUCUGGAAAUUUUAAACAAUUCCUAAAGGAGAAGGUUAAGGUCAAUGGAAAAACUGGAAACCUUGGGAACAUAGUUCACAUUGAACGUUUUAAGAACAAGAUCACAGUCAUAUCUGAGAAGCAGUUCUCUAAAAGAUAUCUGAAAUACCUCACAAAGAAAUAUCUCAAGAAGAACAGUCUUCAUGACUGGCUUUGUGUGGUCGCAUCUGAUAAGGAGACGGAGCUGCGCGGCUUCCAAAUCGGUUAAGAUGAGGAAGGAUCAGAGUCUGAGGAAUAAAUGAAGCUUUUACUGAAAGCUUUAUACUCUUAAACAGCAUACAAAAGACUAAACAUCUAUUUAUGACAGCACUUUAACUUAUUGGUGAAUAAAGGUUUUGUAUACUGUUUAA